GUCCACGCUAUCCACUGUACUCUUUCUUUCUCUCCAGCUUGGGUUCGACGGCAGUAGAUUCAGUUGGCAGGAUGUCAUCCGCAAAGUGCAUGAGUGGAUUUUCGGACGCGGUGGAUUGGCGUCCCAUUGAAUUUGUUAACCUUCCUUCAGUGCGAUCGUGUUCUUUGUGUCACGUGGUCCCAAGAGAGACGCUCAUCCUGGAAUGUUCCCACGCACUCUGUAACCAGUGUUACCGAGCAGUUCUGCAAGGCAGCCGACUUUGUCCUUUAGACGGUGGACCAAUUCAAAAAGAGGAAGUGGAGACACUUACCUUCAAACCAAGCCAUCUUAAGAAACAGAAAAUGCGCUGCUGCAACUCCGGUCACGGAUGCGAAUUUGUUGGAGUUUUAGACGAAGUGACGACUCAUUUCAUGAAGCAUUGUGAUUUCCAUGUUGUGCCGUGUAACGCAUGCAAUACUGUUGUGCUGCGCAAUGAUAUGGUCCGUCAUUACAGUGAGGGGCGAUGUCGUGCUGCAAGAUCAUCAACGAACGACGGAAGCCAGGUCAGCAACAACGAGAACAUUGCCGACACUGAAAGGAAGAUGAACGUUGCUUUGGACGCUGCCAUGGAGAGACUAUGCGCGAUUGAGACGCAGCUCAAUGUUCACACUGUUAGCAUCGACGAUGCAAAGCAACGCGUAUCGGCGAAUGCGCAGGCGUUAAACCGACUCCUUAACAUGCAGGAGGAAACAUCUGGUGCCAUGAUACAUCAGAUCGAAGAAUUAUCGAAAUGCGUGGAUGCCGGAAAGCGUGCGGUGAUUAAUAUUAUUUCAGAGGGCGCAGUAACGUCUGCAGAGAGUGCUGGGAGUACGUCGCCCGGCUGCAAUGAGGCUGAGAAUGCCGAAGAAGGUAGAAGUGCUUCUAGAGCUAUGCAAAACUCACCCGACCGAUGUGGAUCUGAGGCUACGGGCGAUGCGAAUAUGGUUCAGAGGACCUUAAGACUUGUACUUCGAAGUUGCAAGCGCAUUCAUGCCGUUGAAGAAAUGUUGCGGGAGCUCCAGAUACUUAAUCGUGUGAAGAAUAGUCCCGCUUAUUUUCACAUCCGGGACUUUGCCGACAUCGAGAAAGAAUCGUUGACUAAGGAGCUCGUAACUCGCACAUCUGAUAUUUUCCACUUGUUUGAUUACUCUGCUAAACUGCAAGUACAAAUCGCCAGGCGGAACGGCGUUACGUACUUGGGUGUUUUUCUACGUAUUUGCGCAGGUUCGAAGGACUCUUUCUUGAAGUGGCCCUUUACAUUGCCUUAUGCCGUGAUGUUGGUCCUCCCAACUUGUGAGAAGAACAAUAUUGAAUGUUUUAUAGAUGACUUCUCAGAAUGUAUAGAUAAGUUGAGCGACUGUUUCCAUAAGCCACUAGAAUCGUCCAACAAAGGCUUUGGCGAGCCUGAGUUAUACAAAUUAGAAGAUGUACCAAAGGAAGGUUUUGUGUGCAACAACUCAAUAACUGUUGGCGUCAGAAUUCUAUAAUAUGUUGCUUUGAUCUGACGACCUCGUAUUCACUAGUGUUCCGUAUUGGCAAAUUUUCUCGGUCCUGCAAUCAGGGAAAUGAAACAGAAACGAGAACGCAAACUGUGUUAUACCGGAAAUAUAUCAGGCAACGGUGACAGAAACGGAUAUCGCACACUUAGAACACACUCAGAACGAAAAUAAUUUACGGUAGUGAUUCGGGUACCGCAGGACCCGUAUUAUUACAAUCCUUCACCGUAUAAUUUAGAUAGAUAUACAUCUAUGCAAUAAAACUGAAUGAAGCAAACUAAAAUUAGUUGAAGAAUUAAAAGUAGAAUAAACCAUUAACCGGGAGCACAUAAGUAAACAUUAUGUUGUAAACAGAAAGAGGCAUAGUUUUCAUACGCUUAUGAUGACCUGCAAGUCGCAAGCAUGAGUAUUUCGUGUGAACCUCAUGAACGUGAUUAGCUAAUCAAAGAAACGAAGUGUUUUUGAAUAAAUGUCGUCUGUUGUGUGCAAGUAUCCCUAAGGUACUCAGAUAGAUUUCAGAAUAUACACAUGUAGAGGUAUUAAGUUAUGACACAGUCGGCAAAUUAAGCUUACCAAGAAAACGAAAAAAAAAACAAAAAAACAAGUAAGGCAGAGCAGUAACAAUAACCGAAGCGGAAACGUAACGGAAACGAAAACAACAAUGGUGCUGAAAAAAACUGAAAUAGAAACAAAUAUGGGCGACUAACAGAGGCGGUAACGGAAACGAAAAAUACUCCAUUACCUUUCCCUGCGUACAGUGGACGACGAAAACCUGACACAAAUCGAUGUUCACCUUAUCCUUAUUCCAUACUGCGCGAUAACUGCUGUGAUUGGUCACGAGCUGCCACGUGGUGGCCAAUGGUUUCGUUUCUUUGAAACGACAACAAAGGUUUAAUAAUUAAGAAUUCAGGUUUGUCCAUGCAUGGAGCACUAUCAUUUUCAGCAUAGCUGUGCCUGGCAUAGUUAGAAGAUAGAUACUGAAAACCUGCAACGUCAGGGCCCUUCAAGAAGGCAAUGUCGUGACGGCAUUUUUCCGGUGACUGGACUCUCAUGGCAGAUUGAAAAUUAUCGGUUAUGCUACAUUAUUGCGAUUCCGGAUGUCAACGUAGAGUCAAAUUUGUGACAUUGUAAACUACGGCUCUGUGAUACGGUACGUGCGUGUCGCAUAUCUGGCUCCUUUUCCUUUUAUGAAUUUUCUUGUUGAUGAAUGCUUGUCCGUUCUAAUGCAAUACACACCUCAGCAUCUUUCAGGUCUUUGA